AUGCGCUGCCAGAUCCGCGAGCAGCAGACCACCCGCGCCUCGCUUCAGGACCAGCACGACACGUGGCUCCUGGCGCUCCUCGUCCCUCACGUCGAGGCCAUGCUCGCCGCCGUAGCUGCCCUGGAACCCCCGCCACAGCUCGUCCAGACGACUCUGGUCCCCGAAGGUGCGGUGUCACCCGACUGGACGCCCGCAGAGACGUACAAGGAGAGAAGCAGGGAGGUGCACAGCGUGGUCAGGGUGCAGACGCAGCCGCCCGCCAAGAUGGCAAGUGAUGCAAAGCAACCCGCGACGACGCAGGCAGGAGGCCAGGGGCAGGAGUUUGACGGCUGGGGCCGCUGGGGGGAGGAUAUGUCUGGAAGCGGCACAUCAAGACAGGCGGAAGAGCUCUGGUGGAAGGAUGAGAAUCUGGCUAGGAGGUUGGCAAAGCACUUGCAGCCUGCGCGCAAGGUUACAGCGGUGGACAGACCAACGGUGGCGGCUAAGGUGACGGAAGCAAAAAAGGCCAGGUCGAGAUGGAAUAUACUCGGCGGUACCAGGAAGAGUGGUGAUGAGGGAAACACUCCGCCGCCGCUACCGGCCGCGGCGGCCUCCCGAUCAGCUGCUGCGGUGCAGGUCGAGGACGACGUGUCGAUGAAUGUCACGGCGGAGGAGGUUACGUUUCGACGGGAGAACGAGAUGGGCAUCUGGGAGAGCAGCACGGGCUGGGGCGUAGUAGUGCGAGUCAGAAUUCGGGGAUAG